AUGAGAUUUACUUUGAUUUUUCUAGUUGUUCUUAUUCUUGGAGUUUGUGAUGGUUUUGCCAUAAAAAAGAAAAAUGUAACAGGUUGGUUUUACCAAUUUUUCAAUUUCACCUAACCUGAAAGCAAUUUUUUCAGACCCCUGUAGAGACAAAUUGGACCGUGGAAAAUGGUGCGAGAGCAGCUCGAAUAGAUAUUAUUACAAUAAAAAUUCUAAACAAUGCAAAGGGUUUCAUUACACUGGAUGUGGAAGAUCAAAAAAUAAUUUUAAAACUUUGGAAGACUGCCAAACCAGGUAAAAAUGUUUGUACGUGUUCCAAAAAAAACUAAUUUUUCAGAUGCGUGAGAAAUAUAACUACUGGAAACGGAGAUGCAAAAGUUUCAUACAUGUUCUAGUUUUUUUUCGGAAAAAUAAAGUAAUUUUGAAAAAUUUGAUCUAUUUCUGUUGGCAUACAAACAUUAACAUUUUUGUUGAUUCACAGUAUUUUCAAUUACAGCAUUCAAAAAAUACUUACCUUUUUUGCAGAUUUAUUUUAAAAUUUCCAGUUAUCGCCUCAUUAUUCCAUUUCUUUUUUUCAGAAUGACAAUCAACCAAUUCUAAAAAAAUAAACAUUGUUUAUGUAAAAACCGCAAAAAAGAACAAAAACAUCUGGUUGACCCAACUCCGCCUCGAAAAGCACUCAAAAAUCAAAACAAAUACUCAUUAUUUUGAAAAAAGGUCAUACAAAAAUAUUUUCCGAAAAAAUUCGAAAAAAAAUCCAAUUUAUCGAUUUUUCGGGGCGCUGUUCUUGGCGUCCUUCCUCAUUUUUUUACGAGAGUCUUCCUUUUUCCAAUGGACACCUGUUUUCGAAUUACUGUAGCUCUUUGAACCCAAAAUCUUUUCGGAUUGUCAUUCUCCUAAAUAUUUAUUACUUUUUCGCUUUUCAAUGUUUCCUUGAAUUUAGUUUUUUCCAGCGUUGGAGAAACAUUUUUGAAAGUUUUUUAGAAGGAAAAAAUUAUCUUCAGUUUCCCAACCUCUUCGGAAUAUCAUGUUUGAAGUUUACUUCGAAUAUAUCAUUGAUGUUGUUGUUACAAUAACAUUUCGAAAUCAAAUGAAAACUUUUUUUUCCAGAACUAACUGUUUUUCAAGUUUUGUUGUUCUAUCAUGAUCUUGGUUUGUUCCGAUCAAUAUUAUUUUGAACUUUGAAAAAAAUCGGAAAGCUCUUCGUGGAAACUUUGUUGAUUGAUUUAUUACUUUUCAAACAAAAAAAGUUGAAAAUCGUAAAUUUUUUUGCGCAAAGACUUUUCCAAAAAAAUGGAAUUUUUUAUUUUUCAUUUCAUGAAGGAGGAAGAAAACAAAAGAAAUAUUUUGAAAAUUUCGGAAUUCUUAAAUUUUUCAGUUUGAUUUUAAAAAUACUCUUUAAAAUUUGUAAUCCUAUUCAAAUGUUUGUUUUUCGGUUUUUUUUGAAAAUUUCAACACCUGUCUUCACAUUAAUAAUCUAAUUUUUUCCGAGUUAAUUUCAAUUUCUAAUUUUACAGUCAACUUGGAAAAAACCCUUCGAAAACUACAUUUUUCCACGGAAAAAAUGCCUACUUCUCAGGAAAAACCAGAGCAAAAACGAGAAAAGAAGAAAAAGAAGAAGAAAUUGAGAUGAGUGAGUUUUUUUUCUGAUUUUUGAAACUUGUUCUGCAAAUAUUCGAGUCGUUUCAGAAGUUUUUCGCAUAGGCCCACCACCAUCUCCAGAAUGCCCAAAUCGAUCUGCUGUUACAUUUUCUCAUAUUAUUCGUGAUGAGACAACGAAUACGGAAGAAGUUGUUGUUCCACAAUCUCAGCGUAUGUGUCGCCAUAGUCAUAUUCAUCAUUCUCACGAACAUCACGAUAGUAGUUUGUGGGAUCGUGCUAAAGCUUUGAUGUCUUUGGUUUUUAAUGGUGAGAUUUUUGGAUGAUUUCUUUUUCAAAAAAAAAGUGUCGUUGCGUGAAGUUACGCGUUCUUUUAAAAAGCAGGUUUAGAAACGGAUAACAUGCCUGAAGUACUAUCCAACUUGAAAAAUCAAAAUUUUGAAAUGGAACUUGACUGAAACGACAAUAAUCCAUAUUUCAUUUACGAUCUCUGAAACCUCUUUACAAAAAUUUGUGGCACAAAUCGACUUUUAGUGCUUUCAUAAUCGGAAAAAACCCAUAUUAUACGUUUGUAAGGCUGUUUGGUUCUGUUAUCGUUUGCAGAUAUUGUUUUGUAGAAACAGACUAACAAAUUGAUCAAUUUUUCAGUAGUCGAAGCUGCUGCGGCAGAUGUGAACAUAUUAGCACUCGAAUUCUAUCAUCCAGCCUUGUUGGUUAUCAUGCAAUGUGCAAUUUAUGUUCAAAUAUAUUAUGUUGGCUACAUUAUUAUUGAUCACUACAUUUAUGGAAAUUGA